AUGCCCAAUCCACGAGUUAUUGUUGUUGGGUGCGGUCCUGUUGGGAUGCUAGCGUCUGUUCUUCUCUCACGAGCAGGUAUUGAUUUCAUUACUCUUGAGAAGAAUAACAAUAUCAUUCCGAGUGCAGGUGGCGUCUUGACAGCGCACGCUUCACUUUUGAAAACUCUAUAUGAUUUGGGAUUACGCGAGCAAAUCGAGCGGUUAUCCACCCCAUUUGUACGAUGGGAAGUCCUCAGGCCCGGUCGUGCCAUGCAUGUGCGAUCUGGUUGUUUUGAUAUUUACAAGGAGAAAUUCGGUGACUAUCCCGGCAUGAUCAAACGACAGGACAUCCUGCAGAUAAUUUAUGACGCGCUACCCUACCACGCCCAUGAUAAAAUCAAGCUGUCCAAGGAAGUCUGUUGUAUUUCGUCCACGGACAGUGGCGUUUCAGUCCAAUGUCAAGAUGGAUCUACGUACGCGGGAUCCCUUGUUAUCGGUGCUGACGGAGUGCACAGUAUUAUCCGCCGCCUUAUUUCUACGGAAACUGGACUUUCUGCGCAAGAUGAGAAUGGGAAGUUCGAGAGCAGCUUUCGUGUAUUGUGGGCUGAAACCCCUAACGCCGUGCUGCCGGGCGGGGCCAUUCGGAACGUUCACGAUUAUGCUGCCUCAUGCCAGAUGGUUUGUGGUGAUGAAAGAACCUGGCUUCUUUUUGGAAUUGCUUCUCAAGUGAGUAGUGGACGAGUGGUCUUGGUCGGUGACGCUGUUCACAGUUGGGGCCCCAAUCUUGGAUUUGGCUUCAAUUGUGGGGCCGACGAUAUCACACUUUUGAUGCGCCACAUCUGUUCAGCCAUCGACGAUAGCGGCGAACAUUUCUGGACAGACAUGUCGCUCAUGACGCGUUUAUUUGGCCACUAUCAAGACGAACGAAAAGAGCCCCAGAAGCUGGCUAAAGCUUUCAAGAUCCGACUUGAGAUGUCGUUUGUUAACAAAUCCAAGAUGAAUCCCGGCGAGCUCAUAGCUAUGGCUAAAGCAAAACAAGUUGAAAUCCCCAACAUGGAGCCUUGCCUAGAUUCCUGGCCGAAAAGAAUGAGCCCACAUGUUAUUGACCUGGAAGAACACGUGGGUAGCCUAUUACAAAGCCAUUUGAUGGAUGCUACCGUUGAACGAAAGCUACGCAAGGCUAAAAUCGGAAGAUUGAUCGCACUGGCACUUCCGGGGAUUACAAUUCAGCGAAGUAAGAUUGCAGCAUCUUUAAUGGUUUGGCUAUUCGUAUGGGAUGAUGCCAUGGAUAAGUCUUCCCAGAGGCCGAUUGACAGGGCUCACAGACGGAACUUCUGCUAUGAUUCCGCUUGUUCCGUUAGGCGAGCGCUAGGCCUUGAUAUUAACGACGAUAUCACCGAGCAGCUUCGGGUGGUCAUACUUGGGCCAGAGAUACCUGAAGAUUCUUUCUACGAGUACGCGGGACAUAUGAAGUCUUUCGAAAGGUUUGCCGUUGAUAUUCAGGAGCAUACAUCUAAAGGUCUCUUCUUCAAUUAG